AUGAUGAACAGGAGAAAUAAUAUUAUCUCAAACAUCAAAAAAUAUCCUAGAUACAAUAAUCAUGUAAUUAAAAGCUUUAUCACUGAAGAUAUUUCCACUUUAAAAAUGUACAAUAAAGGAAAGAAAGAGAUUUCAUUAAAUCCUUUUAUAAAAUUAAUCAUAUUUGUUCUUUUCAUUGUGAUGUUACAAUACUCUUGUAAUUUGGACUCUUGCAAAUUUUUGAGAAAAAGUAACUUAGAAAGCAUAUCA